AUGCUCUUUGACAUGAGCGAGAUGAUAAGAAGACCUUGCCCAGCUCUGAUUCGCUUCCUGAUUCUCAUUAUCACCCUGGGCGCCCUGUGGCUCUUCAUUCACAAAUAUCCCAGGUUUAACACAACAAGGAUCAUCCUGCCUCGCUGGAUAGAGGUGGUGAAAUACAAGUGUGACCUCAGCAAGCCCUGUCCAGGCAACAAGUUCGCAUUCAAACUCUUAAGCGGGGCUGCCAAUGUGGUGGGCCCCUCCAUCUGCUUCGAAAAUGAGAUGAUCAUGAGUCCUGUGCAAAACAACGUGGGCCGAGGCCUGAACAUUGUCCUGGUGAACGGAACCACGGGCAAGGCGUUGAGGUACAGGUCUUUUGAUAUGUAUUCUGGAGACCCUAAGGUCCUGCUGGCCUUCCUUAAAGAAGUCCCGGAUGACGCUCUGGUGCUGGUGGCCUCCUACGACGACCCAGGAACGAAAAUGGAUGACAGCAUCAGGAAGCUCUUCUCGGACCUGGGCAGCAACUACGCAAAGCAGCUGGCCUUCCGGGACAGCUGGGUGUUCAUCGGCGCCAGGCAUAGCAAGAGCAAAAGCCCCUACGAGAAGUACUUGAAGAACAACCCAAAAGAAAACAAAUACUCAGACUGGCCUGAGCUGGUGGAACUAGAGGGUUGUGUGUCCCCGAAGUUGGUCUAA